AUGAAACACAAAAAGCUCUUCGUGCUCUUGGGAAUUCAACACAGACAGAUUGAUCUCAACACAUUACUUGGUCUCUUUUUUCCCAGAAUGCAAAGACUAGCUCAGGAGCAGAACGAGGAGAUUGAAAAAGUUAACCAUGAAAAGAACUAUCAUCAGCAAACCACAGCGUAUGAGCUCAACGCUCUAUCUCAAGAAUGGAGACAGCUCUGUGUCAAGAAUAUGGAGAUCCAGUCUGUGUGUGCUGUGCUUGAGACAAAAAUCGAUUCUUUGAAAAAAGAAGCUUUUGAAAGGCGAAUGAAGUUUUGUUAUUGCCUCUUUGCAUUGCAAGCACAAAACUAA